AUGGACAAGACAACAGAAAAUAGCUUGCUCAAAAAUUCUUCAGGUAACCUUAUCUCUGCAGAUAGCGAUGACAAUCUCACACAAAUAUUUCAGCAAAUCAAAACUUCAAAACGAACUACAGUCAUCAACUAUGGUGCAUCUUGGUGUCGCGUUUGCAGUCAGAUUCUUCCCGUAUUCUGCCGAUUAAGUUCCAAGUUUCCCAAGCUCUCGUUCGUUUAUGCCGAUAUUGAUGAAUGUCCAGAGACUACCCAACACAUUCGUUACACGCCCACUUUCCAUUUCUACAGAGAUGGUGAAAGGGUUGAUGAGAUGUUCGGAGCUGGUGAAGACCGCCUGCACGAUCGCCUUUGGCUGCAUUCAUAG